UUUCACGAUAGUUUCACAGAGUCCUUCACCAGUGUUUCAGAACACACGCAUAAGCAGCUUAUAAAUGCAUGUUCUUGUUCUUAACAUAUUCUUCGUUUUUAAAAAUAAGAAACUUUUAUUCCGAUGAACUUGUACUUUAAAUAUACUGACAUCUAGCAAACACGUAUCUCUUUUUGAAUAAGGGCUGUUUCAAUUGGCGCGUGUUUGUUGAACAACUAUGAAGUCCGAGUUGCUGACGUCGAGUGGAUGAGGUUUUCUAAAUCUAAGGCGGUUAAUACGUCAAGUGGCGUGAAAACUGGGUCUAUACUGUGACAUGAUUUCUGUGGAUGGAUCCAAUGUUCUCUGUUUACUUUGAUACAUCUCAUGAUGCCCUUUCAUAAAAUGUAAACUGCUUCUCGCAAUGUGGUGCGGCCAAAGGUCGAGAUUAAACAACGGAAUUGACUGCAGUGUCACCUGGUGUCAAUGGCUGCCUACUCUUUUGUGGAUUCUAGCGUCUGUCAAUGGAGACGUAUCAUUUCAGUUUACGCAACCAGCAUACAAUACCACUAUUUCGGAAAAUCCUGUCGGAAAAGUAUACAUCACUUCAACAGAAAAAAUGGGUAUUUUCAUCUUUGAUCCUUUGUUUCAUGUGCAAUAUGUCAUUGUACAUGGAAAUGAGGAAACUUAUUUUGUAGCUGAAGACCAGAAAAUAGGAGACUUCUGGUUUCUUCAUAUUAGAACGAACACUAGAAUUCAAGUACCCUUGAACAGAGAGAGUAAAGAUGUGUAUGUUCUACAUGUACAGGCUUCAAUUAACUCUGAAGUUUCAGAAAAUGUUAAAUUUACUGUCAAAACUGAAGUGCAUAUUAAAAUAUUAGAUACUAAUGAUUUAACCCCUUUGUUUUAUCCUUCUGUUUACACAGUUUCAAUUCCAGAAGACACUCCAGUACACCAGAGUGUUGCGAGAGUCAAUGCUGUUGAUCCUGACGUUGGUAUAAACGGUGAAAUCUAUUAUAGUUUCCAAAAUAUGACAUUCCAGUUUGCUAUUCAUCCUACAACCGGAGUUGUUACUCUGACUCGACCUCUGAGUAUCGAAAAAAUUUCUCAUUACAAUUUGAUUGUUCUUGCUCAAGACAGAGGAUUUAAACCAGAGGUGGGAGACAUUGUGAGGAGAAGUUCUGCUUCUCUGAAGGUGGUAGUGAAUGCGGUGAAUCAAUAUCCUCCCGAUAUUCAUACCGUGAACCUCCCCACCAUUUUGAGAAACGAUCUAUUACAUGUCUACGCUAUAGUUCGCGUUGUUGAUAGAGAUCGAGGUAUGCACGGACACAUCCGAAGUGUGGAAAUUAUAGAUGGAGACCCUUUUGAAUACUUUCAAAUCACCAAGGGAGAAAAGUCAGACGAAUACACCAUCACCAUUUCUGAAAACUUACAACAUGCCAGUAUUACUAGUCAAUUUAAUCUUACUUUAAAAGCCACAGACAAAGGAGUUCCACCGAAAUCUUCGUUAAGAAUUAUAACUGUAAGAAUUCCCCACUAUGACGAUCGCCCUCUAAUCUUCGAUUCGCCUGAGUACACCACAACCAUAGAGGAAAUUGCACCUGUAAACACAUCCAUCAUUUCAGUGAAAGCAAAACACCCAGAUGGCGAUGAAAAUGUACAAAUAUUUUAUAGGAUAGAAGACGGAAAUCAAUUUAACUUCUUUACUAUAAAUAAAAAAACAGGACUUGUAACAACUGUAAAACCUUUGGACAGGGAGAAAAAUUCUCAUUAUUCAUUAUUUAUUAGUGCUGAAGAUCAAAUCAUUAACGGACUUAAAAGAAAAGGAACUUCAGUAAUUAAUAUUAAGAUUUUAGACAACAAUGACAACAAUCCUAUUUUUAAUUCAUCUUCUUUCGUAACAGUACACUUGGAAGAAAAUAAGCCAAUAGGGAGUGUUGUUUAUACAGCUUAUGCUUAUGAUCCGGACGAUGGUGAUAAUGGUUACGUAUCCUAUCAUCUAGCUAACAUUAAUUAUGUGCCUUUUGAAGUAGAUCAUUUUACUGGGCAAAUAAAAACCAAGGAAGUCUUGGAUUUCGAGACAAUGAGGACAGAGUACCUCUUGAAAGUUUGGGCUUCUGACUGGGGAACACCAUUCAGAAGACAGUCUGAGGUCUCAGUCAGAGUUUUAUUGGUAGACACUUUGAUGCAGACAGCUCAGUGA